AAAGAAAAUUGUGAAUCUCAGUAACAAUAUCGUCUUAAGACCUGAUUUUUCGCUAACGAUUUCGAAAAUAACAUUUCGCGGCAAUGUAUAGAAACUCUUAUAUAAAAUGUGUUCAAUUUUAUUAAUGUUCUUGAGCAGCAUAUACUGAACAUACCCUAUUUGACGUAUUUCAAGUUUUCCGAAAGCAUCAACUAAAUGUCAAUUAUUUGUUGAUAACAGCACGUGCAAAACAAAAUAAAUAUAAGCAUUUCAAAAUCCCAAAUAUUCGAAAACGAAAUGACAGAAUCUACAAACAAAAUAAAAUAUUUGGUGGCAGAUACGACUGCUUUCAUUAAUGCAGUGCAAUUAAAUGAAUAUGCAGAAAAUGUGCUUACCGUACCAGACGUAGUUGCAGAAGUGCGUAAUAAGCGACAAAUAAGACGACUCUGUGUACUGCCAUUUGAUUUGCAAGUGCGAGAACCACGCACUGAAAGUGUGAAGUAUUGCGUUGAAUUUGCAAAGAAAACUGGUGACUAUGCCUCACUCUCAGGCAUAGACAUAAAAGUUAUAGCAUUGACAUAUGAACUGGAAGCUGAUAAUGUGGGCACAGAGCAUUUACGCCAAGAACCAGUAUUGUCUAAGACUGUAGCUUCAAAAGACAAGCCAGAAGAGUUUCAAGAUAAUACAAAAUUAGUUGGUUGGUACAAUCCUAAACAUGGUGGAAAUGAAGACGAAAGCGACGAAGGCGAUGUUGAUGAAAGUGAUGAUAGUGAUAACAAUGACAACAAUUCAUCGAGUAAUGUAGAUACUUUAAAAGAAGAAAUUGAAAAACAGAUUAUUGACAGCGACAACACAAAUGCCAAUAAUAGUGAAAGCACAAAAACAAUAAAUAUAUCCACAUUAGCAACAAAUGCGGACGACAAUGAACAGGAUGAGGUCACACAAAAAGAGUUGGAAACACUCUUCGAAAGAUUGAAGUGUGAACCAACAGAAACAGAACAAAUGUGUGAUUUGCUCGUGCCAGAGAAAAGUGAUGUCGAAGAAGUAAUUUGUGUAGAUGAAGAGAAAGCAGAGGAAGAAGUUACACCUGAAUCUGACGAUCUUGUCGAUGAUGGUUGGAUAACACCAGCAAAUAUUAAAAAAGCUAAAAAAUUACUGGAGGGUAAAGUUGAAGACGAUAUUAUUCCUUUAGUUGCUUGUAUGUCCACAGAUUUUGCUUUGCAAAAUGUCUUGAAGCAAAUGAACUUACAUAUAUCUGCCUUGAAUGGACGCGUUAUUAAACAUUUGCGUACAUAUAUAUUACGUUGUUAUGCCUGUUUUAAGACUACAAGCAUUAUGACGAAGGUAUUCUGUCCCAAUUGUGGUAACAAAACGUUGAAGCGUGUGGCUGUGAGUUUAGAUGAAAAUGGCAAACAAGUGAUACACAUCAAUACACGACGUCCAUUAACCUCUAAGUAUAAGAAUCAAAGUUUACCACGUUUUCAAGGUGGUAAACACUCACGAAAUCCAAUACUUUUCGAGGAUCAGCCAAUACCUAGACAGAUGCCUUCACGUGUUGCGAAAACAAAAACAAAUGCUUUGGAAGAGGAUUAUACUGCAGGAUUUUCACCUUUCGUUAUGCGUGAUGUAGACUCUAAAUCCGCUAUUUUACGUUCCAAAGGUCAUUUGAAAGAAUGGGCACGCAAUAAUACAUAUGAAGAGGAUCGCCGUAAGAAAUAUUAUAAUCGUUUAUACAAAUAAAAUGAAUACCAGCUGUGUUGGUAGAAGGAAUUAGUAAAA